AUAUGAAUAACUAAGAAAAGAAUCAAAUCAUAACUUUUUAAGAGAAUCAGUGUAAAUUGUGGAACAUGAAAGCCUCAUCAUGCAUCCAAAGCAUAAAACUUCAAUCAGGUGUAUAUAAACUAGAAUCACAUUCUGCAACAUGGGCAGAAAAACAUUCAUCAUUUUGUGUAGUCAGAUAUUAACCAAACCAUCAAUGACACAAAAAAAACCAUCAUUUCGUUUUAGAAUCCCUUGGUUAAUGGGAAUGUCUGAAUCAUCGUCUCGCCGUCUGAAAGAUACAUCAAAAUCAACUACUCAAUCAGACACAAAUGUUCCUGUUCAAAGACCAUAUAUGCCUUCUCUCAUAAUCCCUGCAGAACCUCCUCUAACUCUUAGUCCUACCAAAGCUCAAGAAGCCACUAGAAGUGAACCUCAAAACCAAUCACCACCUCAUCCAACACCAUUAUCAUCUUCUGUGGUUGUUGAGACCACUCACUCAAAACCCUCUUCUCCAUCAACAUCUCCAAAACAUGUCAACUCUCCACCCUCUUCUUCUGCUGAUGAAAGUACUCAUCAUACUACAUCAUCUUCAUCUGAACAAGAAAAGGAAAAACUUGUUAACAAGUCUGAGCCAAUUCCACAAGAAACUGAAGUUGAGUCUGAGUUGAAGGUGAAGGCGAAUUCACCGUUAAGAGAAAUCACCAAGUUACCGAAAGAAAACAUUUGGCAAACAUCAUCUACCUCUGAAGAAGAAAAAGAGAAGAUGUCAGUGUCUAAUCUGAUGCCAAAUGAAGUAGAACCAAAGAUGAAAUCACCGUUGAAAAGCAACCCUAUGUCACGACCAGAGAAUCUGUUUAAGCACACAACAACAAAUUUAGAUGAGGAAAGAUCAAUCUCACUGGAAGAAAACACUUGGCAAACAUCAUCUACCUCUCAAGAAGAAAAAGAAAAGAUGUCAAUGUCUAAUCCAAUGUCAAAUGAAGCAGAACCAAAGAUAAAGUCACCGUUGAAAAUUAACCCCAUGUUACAACCAGAGAAUCUGUUUAAGCACACAACAACAAAUUUAGAUGAGGAAAGAUCAAUUUCACCGGAAGAAAACACUUGGCAAACAUCAUCUACUUCUCAAGAAGAAAAAGAGAAGAUGCCAAUGUCUAAUCCGAUGCCAUAUGAAGCAGAACCAAAGAUGAAGUCGCCGUUGAAAAUCAACUCCAUGUCACGAUCAGAGAAUCUGUUUAAGCACACAACAAAAAAUUUAGAUGAGGAAAAAUCAAUCUCACCGAAAGAAAACGCUUGGCAAACAUCAUCUACCACUCAAGAAGAAAAAGAGAAGAUGUCAAUGUCUAAUCCGAUGCCAUAUGAAGUAGAACCAAAGAUGAAGUCACCGUUGAAAAUCAACCCCAUGUCACGACUAGAGAAUCUGUUUAAGCACACAACAACAAAUUUAGACGAGGAAGGAUCAAUCUCAACAAAACCAAAGUCCCCUCCUUUGGAAACUCAAAUCAAGUUCCGUGAACACGAAGAAAAGUUGAAAGUUAUGCAUGAAACUAAAAAGGUAGGAAAAGACAAAGACACAAGUACAAGCCGACCGACUCGACAUACGAAAGCAUCUACUUCAGGCACAAAGGAUAAGAAAAAGCAUGGUGUAAGAGAAACAGUAGAGAGAAAGAUAAUGUUUGCCACAUCAAACUCAAGCAGAUCACACCAAAGAACUGUUCCAUCGAUGGACGAAAGAGAAAAGGGAAAUAAAAAUGAAAAGGGUCCAUUGCAAAAAGGUAUCAAAGAUGAUAUUACAAAGUUUGUUGGCAAAAUAUCAGCUUCUGUGAAUCCAACACAUCCUAUGGAGGACAAACAAUUCAGUGUGAUAACACUGACUGGUGACAAUAGAGGAGCCACAAUGCAUGUAGGUUCUGAGUCAGGUAAGAAAGAAGGUUCAAUCCACAUUCAUAGAGACUACAAGACUGAUCCUGAUGAAGAGAGCAAUGAGGUGACAACAGACGGAGAAGGAAACACUAACACUGAAGAUGAAGAAGAAGAAGAAGACUCAAUGGAGCAUGGUGAGGUAGGGAAUGCAUAUGUUAACAGCAACAUACAAAGUAUCAAUAAUUCACUCAUGUUUCAUGGUUCAAUCAAUGAAAGAGACCCUGGAGUUCAAGUCACACUUCCACAAAAGUCCUUAGAAUCCAUCAAGCGCGACGAUAAAGACACUCACAACAAUCGCAGGACUGAGUUUAACAUUAGUCGGUCUCAAAAGUCGACAUUCCAGCCAACAGUUAGAAGAAGAUGCUUCAGAGGCAAUGACAUUGAAGACAUUGAGAUUCUGUGAAAGAAGAACAAACAACAUAGCUUCCCUUGUAUAGAAAUAUUGCAACACUCAAGUAUAAGAAAAUAAGGAGCAUGUCAUUGAUACUUUGAUUUAGAGUAUGUAGACACUUUCAUCAUGCAAGUGUUGACAAAAUCUACAAAUGUAUAAUGUGAAUGUUUACUUUUUUAUUUUUAUAUUCGAUGUCAUUUUUAUUUUUAAUUGUUCAUUUAUAUUGCAAGAUAAUAUACAUUAUGUGCUGU